AUGGCUGGUUUUAAAUUCUGGUUCUGCUUAAUUUUGAUUGCACUUUCGUUCUCGUCUACUCGUGCUCGUGCCAGUGUUCACGAUCCUCAUGCGGAUAUGGACAGUGCAUUGAUCCGAAGUGCAAAAGAAAUGUUCAAAGCAAGCUUAAAGAGACAGGAGGAAUAUCAUUAUGAUAUUAAUAGGGAAGAAUCCCUUGCCAUUUUGGUUGCUGUGAACAUAGAAAUUGCAUGUUUUCUACAAUUCAUGCCUUUCCUCUGCAGAAUUUUUGUGCCAUCUUUCAUUGCUAAGUUCAAGGCUUCUACUAAGGAUUCUACAUUUGGUGAACAAGUGUAUCCCAAUUCUUCACUUGGUAUCAUAGUUCCAGUUAUACUAGGAAAAUUUGGAGUUAAAAUUGGCUUCCCACAAUGCAUUGAUUCAAUUAAUCUACAGAAGAACCUAAUCUCGUCUAAAGUCGAGGCAUUGCUUCUUGAAGCUCUGGAACAAUUAACCAAUUCAGAUCAUUCGCCACAAAAUACACAUGAAGUUCGCCUUCAUGCAUAUCCGAUGAAACCUCCUAUCAGAAGGUGCAAUGAAAAUAUAAAUCUCGUGUCCUCUAGCAGCAAGAGCAGUAGAGCACUAUACAAAGUCGAAGUAUGGCGUUCCCUGCCACCUGGUGCAGUGCAGCCCCAAUAG